AUGUUCUCAGAGAGUAUCCUAAACCAAUGGCCUUUCAACAAGCUCAUAAGACAAAGAGCUCUUCGGACCACUAUGAAACUCCUUCACUAUCAUGAUGAAGCCACCAGGUACAUAACAGGCGGAUCUGUGCCAAAGGCCUUUCAUAUGCUUGCAUGUUGGGUAGAAGAUCCAGACGGUGAUUACUUUAAGAAACAUCUUACUCGAGUCCCCGAUUUCAUAUGGAUUGGCGAAGAUGGCCUAAAAAUUCAGUCUUUUGGUAGCCAACUGUGGGAUACAGCCUUGUCGCUACAAGUCCUGAUUUUGUUAGAUGGUGUUGAUGAUGAUGUUGUCCAUGAUGAUAUUAAAUCAACUCUCCUUAAGGGAUACUCUUACUUGCGGAAAUCUCAAGUUACCGAGAACCCUCCCGGCGAUCACAUGAAAAUGUUUCGUCACAUUGCAAAAGGUGGAUGGACGUUUUCCGACCAAGAUCAAGGAUGGCCGGUUUCUGAUUGUACUGCUGAGAGUUUAGAGUGCUGUCUAUUCUUCGAGAGCAUGCCCUCAGAGUUUAUUGGCGACAAGAUGAACGUGGAGAAACUCUAUGAUGCAGUCAACUUCCUUCUCUAUUUGCAGAGUGCUAACGGAGCUAUAACAGCGUGGCAACCAGCGGAUGGGAAAGCUUGGUUAGAGUGGCUUAGUCCAGUUGAGUUUAUUGAAGAUGCGGUCGUCGAGCAUGAAUAUGUAGAAUGUACGGGAUCAGCGAUAGUAGCUAUGGCUCAGUUCGUGAAACAGUUUCCGGAGUACAGAAAGGAAGAUGUGAAAAGGUUUAUAACAAAGGGGUUGAAGUACAUUGAGGACAUGCAAUUGGUGGAUGGCUCAUGGUACGGAAACUGGGGAGUGUGUUUCAUCUACGGGACUUUCUUUGCGGUAAGAGGUCUUGUGGCUGCAGGAAAAACAUACAAUAACUGUGAGGCUGUUCGUAGGGCGGUUCGGUUCAUUCUGGCCACACAAAAUUCGGAGGGUGGGUGGGGAGAGAGCUAUCUCUCUUGCCCAAGCAAGAAAUAUACUCCUUUACCGGGAAACAGGACAAAUGUGGUGAAUACAGGACAGGCACUUAUGGUUCUAAUUAUGGGUGAUCAGAUGAAGAGAGAUCCUUUGCCUGUUCAUCGCGCUGCAAAAGUGUUGAUCAAUUCACAGUUGGAUGACGGAGAUUUCCCUCAAGAGGAAAUAAUGGCAGUGUUCAAGAUGAAUGUGAUGCUCCAUUUUCCAACGUAUAGGAACAUUUUCUCUCUUUGGGCCCUCACGCAUUACACGCGGACUAUGCGGCGGCUCUUCCCUUGA